AUGAAGGCGAAAGGCGCAGAAAUGGCUGGCAAAGACUGUGUGAAAGUAGCGGUUCGAGUUCGGCCCUUCAACAAGAGGGAGAAGGAUGCGGGAAGCCGCUGCAUCGUGUCUGUGAGUUCCAACACGGUCACGAUUCAGGACCCGCGCAAUGAGCAAACGCGUCGCACCUUCACCUUUGACUAUGCCUACUGGUCCCACAGUGGGUUCACGAGGAACAGAGACGGCCUGUUUGUGCCUGAGGAGGCAGGGGGACGCUAUGCAGACCAGGGGAGUGUGUUUCAAGAUCUGGGUCAGGGGAUCCUGGAGAAUGCCCUGCAGGGCUACAAUGCUACGCUGCUGGCCUACGGGCAGACCGGCUCUGGGAAGAGUUACUCCAUGGUCGGCUACGGUCCCAAUAAAGGUCUGGUGCCCACCCUUUGUGAGAGGCUCUUUCAGGCUGUGAAAGUCAAUCAGGAUAAUCGGCAAUGUCAGGUGUUUUUCAGCAUGUUGGAAAUCUACAACGAGCAGGUCAUUGACCUGUUGUCGAAGGGCGGUCGCGCACCUGGCAACCUGCGGGUUCGUGAAGACCAGCAGAGAGGAUUUUACGUGGAAGGCCUGCGGAAGGUUCCGUCUGACAGCGCCACCCAGGUGGAGCAGCUGAUGGACCAGGGAACUCGAACGCGCACCACCGCUGCCACACACAUGAAUGCCAACAGCAGCCGCUCACACAUGCUCAUCAUGAUUCAGCUCAAACAGAUCUUCUCGAAGGAGAACCUCACUAAACAGUCCAACAUUUAUUUGGUGGACUUGGCGGGUAGCGAGAGACAGAGGUCGUCGGGGUCAGAGGCCGACCGGCUGAAAGAGGGAACUGCCAUCAACCUUAGCUUGACCACUUUGGGCAAUGUCAUAAGCUCUCUGGCAGAUGCAGCUUUGGGGAAGAAAGUAGUCCACAUUCCAUACAGACAGUCUGUUCUCACUAAACUGCUUCAGUCUGCCCUUGGAGGCAACAGUCGUACUGUUAUGAUUGCAACACUGAGCCCGGCAGAUAUUUGCUACGAGGAAUCCCUGUCCACCCUGCGCUAUGCAGAGCGGGCGAAGAGGAUCCAGAAUAAGGCAGUGGUGAACGAGAGCCCCACAGAGCGGCUCGUGAAGGAGCUGAAGGCGGAGAAUGCUAAGCUACUGCUACGGCUCAGCCGGCUGGGUCAGGAAGGUCGCAGGGCGGAUGAGGAGACAAAGGAGCUGCGCCGCUUGCUGACCCAUAACGAGCUGCAGAUUAGGGCCAUUCAGACGCUGUGGGAGCAACACCUCCAGGAGGCCCUGAAGGACUGGGAGCUGCAAUACGCUACCAUCACACAGGAACGGAGGAUGAUGCAGAUGCACCCGUACAUACUCAACAUAAAUGAAGAUGCCCAGUUGUCUGGAGUGGUGAAGCUCUUCAUUCAAGAGGGUGAAUGGGACGUUGGACUGGCAGAAGGUUCUCCGAAGGCAAUUUCAAUCAGAGGUUUAGGUAUUCAGGAGAGACAUGCUGUGUUCACCAAUCAGCAGCGGACGGUGUCAGUGACUCCUGUGGCAGGGGCAAAGGUCACAGUGAACGGAGUGCUCAUAUCCCAAAAAACGGAGUUGCAACAUCUGGAUCGACUCAUCCUGGGCUCCAACAGCACGUAUCUCUUCAUCGGCUUUCCCUCCGAGCGAUCGGGUGAAGAUUGGAGUCGCUAUGACUACGACUAUUUCCAGUCUGAGCUGGCGGCGGCCGAGGGCAUACACAUUGGAGACGGUCGUGCAGGUGCGAGCCAGCCUGACCCCAGUUUACUGCCUGUUUUCUAUGACUACAUCAAACUCAUGCCCAUGGUCAGCGAGGCAAACCAGAUGAGUCAGGAGCUGCAGAAGGGAGUGGAAUUUAAGUUGGAGAUAAAGAAUCUUGCUAUGUCAGAUUCUAAAGGUCAUGACCUGGAGAAGGAAGUGGCAGUGAGAGUCACCUCAGUGGAAAACAAGCAGGUAUGGAUGUGGUCCAAAGCUAAGUUCGUCAACCGUAAAUUUUUAAUGGAGGAACUGUACCAGCAACAGGUGGUGAGUGGGGAGGGGUCAGACAGGACUCCCCUACCCAGAGACAAAGACCCAUUCUGGGACCCUCUGGAACCACUUCACCUGGGCAGUGCCCAUCUCUGGCUCCAGUCCCUGGCUUUCCGUAUCCCGCUGGAGGAGCAGGUGGAGGUGGUGGGCCCGGAGGGAACGGAGGAGGCCAUAUUACAGGCCCAGCUUGUACCCUGUACUCCUACAGGACUGCCUCUGGGAGAGGAGGAUAUUCUAAUAGACCCCACUGAGCUGCUGGGGAAGAGACUGGACUUCCAGCUGGUCCUGGAACAGUGCUGUGGCCUGCGCUGGGUCAAAGAGGCCAAGAACAGAGGUGUACAGAUUGGGUUUCGGGUGUUUGAUAGUUCACAGCCCCUCUACACACCGGCGGUCUGGCACAACGUGAAUCCGCUGUUAGAUCACAGAGUGCAGUUCACCGCUCUGAGGACGUCUCAGGAGCUGCUCAGCUAUCUGCAGACCAGUGCACUAGUACUGGAACUGUGGGGCCUGCAAGAGGGAUGUUCUGAUAUGGUGUCUAACAUGGAGGGAGUGAAGAUGACACAGGAAGACAGCAUUAUCAUCGAUAAGGCCAGUCAGUCGGAAACCUCAGCUGUUGAGAGUACAGGUUCAGAUCUGAGCUCCUCUUUACGGGCUCUGCAUCAGGAUGUGGAACAGUUGCGCAGUGCUAAUGCUGUUCUGAGGAAAGAGAACAGUGCUUUGAGGGAGCAGCUUAGCAUGAUGUCCAAAAACGGUCAGCAGGAGCGUAGGGGGAGUCUGAGGCCAAGCUGCGAUGCCGAUUUCGCCAGGGCCCUGAAAGUCUUCUAUCACAGUAUGACGGCCGUCAAAGGUCAGCUGCAGCGGCUGCGUCGACACACACCCAGCGAGGAGGCAGAUCUGCUCAGUCUUCGACUCUACGUGGAUGAACAUGGUCGCCUUUUGCGUGACUUCGGAGAGCAGUUGGAGCAGAGUGUCACUGCUCUCAAACAGGACGUGGCAGCCAUAGUCCGCCGAAAGAGAGAGAAGUCAGGAAUCUGGUCUGGAACUGGAUAACCGCCCUCUAAGUGCCCCACUCCACUCUUCUUAAAACCCUCGAAAAUCAUCUGCUGCAACCGUGUGUAACUUUCCCUUAUGGUACAAAGAUAGAGAAAACUAAUAUAUUUUAAAAAUGCCUAAAUUUGUUUUUCAUUUGUGUCAAUAUGU